AGCGAUACCGUAAAGUUUUGUUUGAGGGGUACACGGUCUGGUUGCGUUGCGGUUUCGACACAGCUAGGCCCAUUACGUACAUACUUCUUGUGUGCAUGUACCGUGCAUGCAAUAAGACAUGCGCGCACUAAGGCUCGAAGUCGUUGUGAACAGUAACGUUCAUAGAGCUAGAAAUAUGUAAUUUCGCAUCGCAAAACUUGAAAUAAAUGGUCUUAAACAUGAUUUUGCUUUGACAUAGAUAGUCUUGUUAUUGGCAAGGUGGGAUUUCUUCAAUUUUCUGUAGUUCUUAACAAGAUUUUGCAACUCUUCCGAAGGCAAAGUCAGGUGACGUUUUUGACAACUUUUGGUUUGGUUGGUGCAUGGUUGGUGAGAUCUCCUUAAUCUCGACCGGAUGCAGACCAUGAAUUGCCGUUUGAUAACUUCCGUGUUACUUCUGUUCCACAUCGGAACGACGUGUGUACUUUCCACUUUCACCAACGAGUUUGUAGCCAACAUUGAGGGAGGACCAGAAGUUGCAGAUCACUUGGCUGCAAGUUACGGUUUCAACAAUCUCGGAGAGCUGGAGAAUUUUCCAGAUCACUAUGUCUUCCACCAUCAAGGAACUCAAAAACGAUCCAUCAGACCCAGCACAGGAGACCACACAGCAAUUCAACAUGAGUCUGCUGUGAAGUGGAUUGAGCAGCAGAAGAUCCGCAAGCGAGUGAAACGCGACAUUCAUUGGAACGACCCCAAGUAUGAUCGGCAGUGGUACAUGAACCGCCAGAAUGCACCCAACAUGAACUUGGAGGCAGCGUGGGAUAUGGGCUACACCGGGAAAGGGGUGGUGGUUACCAUACUAGACGAUGGCAUCGAUUACACCCACCCAGAUCUGGCCAAGAACUAUGAUCCAUUUGCUAGCGGGGAUUACAAUUCCAUGGACAGCGACCCCAUGCCACGGGCUAACUAUGACCAGUCGAACAGACAUGGUACGAGAUGUGCUGGAGAGGUAGCUAUGGAGGCUGGUAACAAGAUAUGUGGUGUGGGAGUGGCCUACAACGCAAGUAUUGGAGGGAUAAGAAUGCUCGAUGGCGACGUAACAGACAUGGUGGAGGGUACAUCAUUGUCAGCACAUCGUGAUCACAUUGACAUCUACAGUGCCAGUUGGGGACCUGAAGAUAAUGGGGAGACCGUCGAUGGACCAGGACGUCUUGCAAAGGCGGCCUUUCAGGAGGGCAUCAACACGGGUCGAAAUGGCAAGGGCAGUAUUUUUGUCUGGGCGUCGGGCAACGGCGGUCAGGCCAGGGACGACUGCGGCUGCGACGGUUACACCAACAGCAUCUACACCAUCUCAGUCAGCAGCACGUCAGAGAGAGGCCAAGCCCCCUGGUACCUGGAGGAAUGUGCAUCCACGCUGGCCACCACCUACAGCAGCGGCAGCUCAAAGGAGAAGAAAGUGAUCACAACAGAUUUGGAAGGGAGGUGCACGGACGAACACACAGGAACCUCGGCCUCUGCUCCCCUGGCUGCUGGACUCUGUGCCCUCGCCCUCCAAGCCAAUUCCAACAUGACGUGGCGUGAUUUGCAGUAUGUGAUUGUACUGACGUCCCACAAUGCCAGUUUGGAGGACAGUGAUUGGUUCCUCAAUGGCGCCGGAUAUCCAGUGAGUCACCGAUACGGCUUUGGUUUGAUGGAUGCUGGGGCAAUGGUUCAGCUGGCCAGGAAUUGGAUCAACUUACCCCAGCAGCGGAGCUGUGAAGUCAGAUUUGUGCAUGGCAAGCAUAUCGGGGGCAAAGGGAGACUUGGCACCUUCACACUGGAUACCUCAUCCUGCGCCCAGGGCCCCACCUAUCUGGAGCACGUCCAGUCCACUGUGGAACUGACUUUCAGCUGCCGGGGUGCCCUCAGCCUCACCCUUGUCUCGCCGGCGGGGACGCACUCCAGGCUCCUGGCCCGACGUCCCAUGGACAAGAAACAGGGCUCCUUUGACUCCUGGCCCUUCAUGAGCACCCACUUCUGGGGGGAGAGAGCCCAGGGGGUGUGGACGCUACAAGUGGCGAACAGAAUAUUCCGGAAUUGGGUGUUGACCCUUUACGGCACCGAUUCCUUACCCAGCACCGCCAGGCCUCCAAAGCGGCCAGACGACAACAGAGACAGCGGCAGAGGCAGUGCCACAGCAGAAACCAAUUUGAAUGUCCCACGGGUGGCCGUCCCAAGAAGCUUGGAUUACUCCCCCUGCCAUCCGGAGUGCUUCAACGGCUGCUCGGGACCCCUCGCCAGCGACUGCUUCAAGUGUCUCCACUACAGAGACAGGAAAACAGAUGAGUGCGUGGCCCGCUGCCCGGAGGAUGGCUUUUACAACCCUCCCGCCUUGCACACUCGCUGUAAGGCCUGCGCGCCCACCUGUUUGUCCUGCGCCGGCCCCAGCAGCACUGACUGCCUGUCCUGCAGCCCACCCUUCUUCCUCAUGGAUUCUGAGUGCGUUCAGAAGUGUGACGAGGAGUUUUACAAAGAUGAGGAAAGUGCCACCUGUUUGCCCUGCGCGCCGUUGUGCCGCCAAUGCGAGGGGAGUGCCACCUACUGCCUGACGUGCAAACCACACGCCCUGCUCAACGCCGAGGACCACACCUGCCAGCGGGCCUGCGCCACCAACGAGUACCUGGACGUCAGCACCUGCAGGCGCUGCAGCAACGUCUGCUACACCUGCAGCGGCGGAGGCGACCAGGACUGCCUGACCUGCAUCCCCGGCCAGGUGCUGAAGGAGCGUACGUGCGUGGAAGAGUGGGUGUGCACCAAUGGCUACUACGUGGACUGGGACUUGCACGGCGGCGACAAAGAAUGCCUGAAGUGCCAUGUCUCCUGUCAAAACUGCAACGGGCAGUCCUCGUCGGACUGCACCGAGUGCAGAGAGGGGCACAUCCUUCAGGACGGGGCCUGUGUGGCCAACUGUUUGGACGGGUUCUACAAGGAUGAUUACGACAACUGCCUGGCCUGCUCUCACGGCUGUGAUCAGUGCACCGGCGAGGACCAGUGUGUCCAGUGUCACUCGGAAUUCUCACUGGUUGAUGGGCAGUGUAAGACAGGCUGCAGUGAGGGAAGCUACGAGCACGAAGGCAAGUGCCUGGACUGUCAUUUCCUGUGUGAGACUUGCAUGGGCAGUGGACCGGAAGCCUGUACCAGCUGUAAACGAAUGACCGACGAUCUACGCUACCUCCUAGAGGGCGCCUGCGUGCCCUUCUGCCCUGAGGGUCGUUACGAGGACCGGGACACCCUCACGUGUGGGGAAUGCGACGAGACCUGCAAGACCUGCACCGGAUCGGAGGUCAACGACUGUCUGUCCUGCUACCAGGGUUUCCAGCUCAACCGAGGUUCCUGCGACGAGCGAGAAGGGUCCCAUUGUGAGGCAAAAUGUAAAGAGUGCGUGGACGGGUUUGAAGACAGGUGCAGUUCUUGCAAUGCAAGCAAAUACCUGCAGGACUUUGACUGUGUGGACAGCUGUGGACAGGGCUACUUCACAGAUGACAGUAUUCGGAAAUGCGUGCGCUGCAACCCAUCGUGCAAGACGUGCGAUGGGCUAUCCAGCCAGGACUGCACCUCGUGCUACGAGAAUCGGUUUCUCUACGAUGACUCGACCUGCGACAGCCACUGCCCCUAUACUACAUACACAGACCGAAGUGACUGGCGAUGUAAGGACUGCCACUCCAGCUGUCGGUCCUGCAGCGGCCCCGGAGCCCGUGCCUGUGAGACCUGCGACGGGGAUCUGUUCUGGUCUGAUAAUCAGUGUUUGAGCGACUGCCCUUCAGGGACGUUUGGAGACGAAGGCGAGCAGCAGUGCUUGAGGUGCUUCCCAACCUGCGGCACGUGCGACGGGCCCUUCUCCGACGACUGCCUGUCGUGCAGCGAAGGCUUGAGGCUCGUCGGCAGCCGCUGCCAGCCCGGCGAUUGCCCGGCCCGGACCUACCAGGACGGAGAUGGAGGCUGCAGCAACUGCCAUGACACCUGUAUCGCGUGCAAGGGGCCAGGGGCCAGCGACUGCCAGCGGUGCGAUUACGACCGUUUCCUGAACGAGCACAAUGAGUGCGCCGAGGAGUGCAUUUCAGGCUACUACCCAGACUACGAGAGCAAUAUUUGCAGGCCCUGCCACAUUAGCUGCAAGACGUGC